CUCUGAAGCUUCCGAUUAGGGUUCUGCGCAGAGCUGUUGUUUGACUAUUUAACGGGGUUCUGCUGUAGAACUUCUCGUCUUGGAAAUAGAAGAGCAAUGGCAACAAGCCGCGCCACUCAGAGACCGUUGAAAUUUCAGAAUGAAAAUUCUAGCAUUCAAAUGAAUAAGGCUACUGUCUCUGGUAAAACAAAUGGUUCUGAAACAGCCACAAAGAAAGGUGGAGAGGGACUGGGUGUUCGUAAAGCUCUCAAUGACAUUACAAACAAAUCAUCUACUAAUCAAGCAGCUUCUUCAAAGAAAAAGAAUAUACGCAAGCAGGAAUUCAAUGUAGCUGAGGAGGCAUUUCUGCAUGAUCAUAAAAAGUGCAUUAAGGCACAACAACAACCUAGGACGAAUACGUUUUACUUGGACUUGGUUCUUCCAGGACAUGAUUCUGUAAAUACUGCUGAGUAUCCUCCAUCUGAGGAAGGAAAGACUGAUUCUCCCCCCUUCGACUUAAUAGAGCAAGAAGACUUGUUCACGUCUGAGUUUUCUGAUCGGAUGGAAGCUUCAACUCAAAGGAAAUCUCCUCCUUAUUCUCCAAUAGGUCAGGACGCCCUGCCAUCUUCUCCAGUGGCAUGCAAGUCUAAAGAUGUUGAGUUCGUGCUCAAUCAAUAAAAUGAUCUUUGCUGAUAAAAGAGAAUUCUGAAUGUGACUUUUCUUUCGGCUAAUGAAAUGUAGCUAAGAUAAUUCAAUCUCACAUUUUCUAUAUCCCAAGCAAGCGAGGAUCCGUUGAAGGUGCUGUCUUUUUUCUAUUUAUUUUGGAACCUUAAAGUCGCAAAAACUUAACUACUUUGUUCGUUGAAUUUUAGUAGAAUUAGCUUUCCUUUUGGGUGA